AAAGAAUUCAUUAACAAAAUUUCAAGAUUUUAAGAAUAUUAAAAAAAAACAAAGAGAGAAUACAAAAAUAGUUUAAACUUAAAAAACAAAAAAACUGUAAAUAAUAAUUAAAAUACAACAUUAUUAAUAAUAACGGUAUUAAAUUACCGGAAUACAUACAUUUGGAUAAUAUAAAAAUAUAAAAUAAAAAUUUUAUUUUAUUUUAAAAUAAAAUAAUUAUUGUAUACUUGAAAUACAUAACAAUUUCUGGAUAAUAAUAUUAAUCAAGUAUGUCUUCAAAAGUUUUACCACCAGCUGCAUCAAUUAUUUUACCACCAUCAUCAAAAAAAUCAACAACAACUACAACAAGUACAACAAAAUCAACCACAUUUAAUAUUAUUAAGAAUUCAACAAUUAAAUUACAAGAAUCAAAUAAUUUAAAAUCAACAACAAGAUCAUUAUCAUCUAAUACAGCUAAUAAAACUAUUACAACGACAACAGCAACAGCAACAAUGGAUUGGUCUAAUGAGAAAAUACGUUUAAAUUGUGGUAUUGAUAAUAUUAGUUUAAGACAAUUAUGGAAAUUAAUUGUAUUAAAUAGUAAUAGCAAUAAUAAUAAUAAUAGUAAUAGCAAUAAUGAUGAUAGUAAUCAUAAUAUGGAUAACAAUGAUAAUAAUGAUCAUUUAAAACAACAACAACAACAGCAACAAUUAAAUAUUGAACAAUAUCAACAACAAAAGGAUAAUUUAAAUAAUAAAAAGAAUAAUAACUAUAAUAAUUCAAAUAAUGAAAAUAAUGUUAUUAGUAAUAAUAAUAUUGCUGAAUAUAAUAGAGAAUUUAUGCCACAACAAUUACAUAAUAAAAUGUCAUUAUUAAAAUUUUUUGCAAUUAAUGCUUUAGAUUUAAGUGCCCCAGCAUCACCUGUAUUAUUACAACAUGGUAAUAAUAAUAAACCGAAUGGUUGGGUUCAAUUAUCAGGACAUCCGGAAAGUAUUGUACCAACAGCAACUGGUAUUGUACGUAAACGUAUACCAUCAUUAGAUGAUAAUGAAUUAAAAUCAUAUCAAUCAAUUGAAUCAGAUCCAUAUGCAUCAAAUUUAAUACCAGAAUUUUAUGGUGUACAUAAAAUUAAUGGUGAAUAUUAUAUUGAAUUACAAGAUUUAUUAGCUGGUUAUAAAGAUCCAAAUGUUAUGGAUAUUAAAAUGGGUUGUAGAACAUUCUCAGAGACUGAAGUAUCAAAUCAUACAUUACGUUCAGAUUUAUAUAAAAAAAUGAUAUCAAUUGAUAUGAAUGCACCAACAGAUGAAGAACAUAAUAAUAAAGCUAUUACAAAAUUACGUUAUAUGCUAUUUCGUGAACAAAUAUCAUCAUCACAUACAAAAGGUUUUCGUAUUGAAGCAUUAAGAAUGCGCGGUAAUAAACCAAUUAAAGAUUUAAAGACUGUACAUAGUUCAAGUCAAAUUGAAAUAACAAUAAGUAAUUUUUUAAAUGGUAAAAAAUCAGUAUGCCGUGAUAUAUUAAAACGUUUAAAACAGAUGCGUUCAUCAAUUGAAAAAUCGGAAUUUUUUCGAACACAUGAAAUUGUUGGUUCAAGUAUAUUUAUUGUUUAUGAUGAUAAUAAAACAAAUGUAUGGUUAAUUGAUUUUGCUAAAGCAAAACAAUUACCAAAAGGUUUUAAAAUUGAUCAUCGUAAACCAUGGUCACCGGGUAAUAAAGAAGAUGGUCUAUUAAAAGGAAUGGAUGAAUUAAUAAAAAUUUUUGAUGAUAUUUAUGAAAGUAUGAUUAUUUGAAAUAAUUAAUAAUUAUUGUAAUAAAUAUAAAGAGAAUUGAAUUAGAAAUGUUGAAUGAAAAUGGUUAAUACCCACGAAUAUGAAUUGUUAAAAGAACAUUUUUUGAAGAAAAUGCAAUCAGGAAAAAAAAAAAACAUUGAGUAUUUGAAGAGGGAGAAAAGCAAGGAAAAAGACUUUCAGUGUAUAAAUAAAACUCCACUUAAUUAGAAAUUUGUACGAUGAAGAAGUACAAUAAUAUUUUUUUUUUUAUAAUAAUAUUAUGUAGAGCAAGAAUUAUGCUGCCUUAUAAGAUAAUAAGAUGAAGAUUUUAUGAUAAAAGUCUUUUUAUUGUUUUUUUUUUUUUCUUAUUUUUUUAUAUAAUAAUUAUAUUUUGAAAAGAAUAAGUUUUUGUUCUUCAA